AUGCCGAGCCUAGGCACUGUCAACGACAGACAGCCGUCUCUGUACGAGAGGAUCGGCACAUCCAGCUUCAUCGACGAGCGUUCACGGGUACCUCAGAGCGAUACGGCUGUGAGAGAAGAGACGGCCUCUGCUGCUGGUGCACGCGCGACGUUCUCUACAUCAUCAACGUCGUUGCCGCGCCCCUCCACCGUCUUUACGUCCCCAGCCUUUAGCCAAAGCUCAUCUGCAGCCACCGAGGAGUCGCUGUCACCUGGCGCGUCUCGCGCCUCUGCAGCGGCCACCGACAGGCCUUCGUCUACCCCGCCCCACCCAAGCCGCGCAGCACCCUCGGCUGAACUGUCGCCGGCGCUCUCCACGUCCGUUUUUGUGCCCGCCGCAUUGCCCGAUGCCGCCGCGUCUGAUCGGGGCACACGGGCUGAACCGCCGUCGGCCCUGUCCGAGCCACUUACCGAGCACUCGCAGCUGCAGACGUCAGCGCCACUGCCAUCACCCCUCCCGUUGGAGCUGACUGCGCAGACACCCUACGACAGACAGCGGAGUUCCAUCGCCGCCGCCGCUGCCGCCGAGCAGCGACGCCUUCUCACACGUCUGCAACAGCACACUCAGGUGCUUCAGCGGGAGAAGAAGGCGCUGCUGACAGCACGCCUUGGAGGGCUGAGGGCGCAGGAGUCGGCGGACCGGCUGCGUGCAUUGCGAGAGGCCCAGGAGGAGGCCGCCACUGCGGAGGUGGACGCCGUGCGUGCUCGACUUGGUGAGCAUCGCGACGAUCUGCUUAGCUGCUGGCUGCGUGUGCUGCACUUCCACGACACGCACUACCCCAUGCCGAGCGCGCUGCUGCGUGAGCUGGAGGAAGAGGGCGACUCCCUCACCCUUCAGUGCCUAUCCUCCAUCGCCAACUACCACACCCAGAAGGCCCGCCUGCAGACGUUGCAGCAGCAACACAUGCUGAAGGAGGCGGAGGUGGCUCGACUGCGGUGGGACGCACACGUGCGGCGGUGCAGGGCGGAGGAGAUGAACGGGUGUCUGCGGGUGGUGGCGCGGCUGAGACCGCCAAGCAGGCGCCCCUGGCUGCCCGCGUCGGUGCUCGCGUCCGCUGAGGCGAGGGAGCACGACGGAGGGUACGCAGUCCGCGUGUUGGCGGGCUCGUCGGUUGUUGCACACGGCUCCCAGCAAAUCAACAAGCCCGCCCCAUGUCGUGUGGUGGAGGUGACCGACCCGUCACGCGAUCUGCGUCGCCGUUACGCGCUCUGGGCGGCCUAUGACGCCGCCGCCGCCGCCGGGUCGCAGCAGCGACUCUUCGAGGACCAACUGCAGCCGCUGCUGGAGCACAUGUGCCGCACCGGACAGCACGUUGCCGUCUUGGCAUUUGGCGCUGUCGGCAGUGGCAAGACGUUUGCGCUGUUUGGUCGCCACGCCGGCCAGCUGCCGCCGCAAUCCCGCCGCGCCAGCGGUGAGUCUGCUGGCGCUGGGGCGCUCGGCGGCUUUGACUUUAGCUUUGGUGGCGGUGGCGGGGUCGACCGCGCGCCGGCCGGCAUCACUGCCGUGGGUGUGCCGGAGUGCCGAGGUAUUACCCACUGCCUUGACCCCGCUGACGCGGCGAGGGAGGCCCGCGUGCUUGAGUCCCUGACUGAGACCGAGGCUGUGAUGCAGCGGCAACGGAGUGCGGAGCGGCGCGCACGAGAGGAGCGCGCCUGGCGUGAGUGGACCGGGAUCGAGGAGGAGGACGGGCUGCUUCCGCGCGCAGUGGCGUGGCUGACGGCGCACCUGCGCAGCGAGUCGCCGCACGGUAAGGCGGGUGGUCCAGUGGUGGAAUCCAUCGUCUUCUCCAUGUACGAGGUGUACAACGAUCACGUGUACGACUUACUGCCCACUCCUCCUCCGCGCGCUGCAGAUACCACUAAACCCGGCGGCAAGGCGUCUUCUCAUGCGAUGGGGCCUCGCUGGAACGCCGGGUGGCUGCCCGCCCCACACAUCAAGAACAACAACCCAGAGCAGCUGACGGAGCUGCAGUUGGAACUGGUGCCGCCCUCUACCGACGGAUGCAGCGCUGGCAGCGAUGUGCCAGGCACCGUCUCGCAGUUUCGGCAGCAGUCAGCGCAGCCUCAGUGGCGCGUCAAGGCAAGUGAGAUGGAGGUGCGCUCGGCGACAGAGGCGCUGCAGGCGAUUCAGCUCGGCCUUUGCCGCCGCCGCACCGCCGCCACACUUCGGGGGGCGCACUCGAGCCGCAGCCAUCUUUUCCUGCGCUUCCGAGUCAAGAUGCAGCGACCCGUCAUACCAGCAAUGGCAUCGAGCGUCGCGAUGCAAUGGAUGUCUGCCACUGCUGUGGUAUCAGGGCGGGAGACGGCGGGCAUCGGUGCGCCGACCAGCAACGCCGUAGCGUCUGCGGGCGCCACGGGUGUUGCAGCUAGGCCAAAGGGCUACGAUUUCUUGCGUGCCGCACUCGCGGCGCCCUCUGAAGCAGCAACCAGCGCCCAGCCGGCUGCACCAGCACCGACCUGUGUCGCGGAGCUGCUCUUCACCGAUUUCGCCGGCAGCGAGCGUGUCGAGCUCAACGGCGUCACAGGCGACGCGCUGAAGGAGACACAGUACAUUCACUCGAGCCUGAGCGCCGUGUCGGAGGUGCUGGCGGCGUUGGCGCGAGCACAUCCCUGCUGUGAAGGCCACGGCGAGGCAGACACGACGGCGAGGCAGCGUGGCGGUGACAGGACGCCACUACUAGCGGCCGCCGCGUUGGUGCAGCGCUGGGGAGCGAUGGUGAGCCGCCCAGGUGUCACGCUGUCGCGCAGCCCACCGGUUUUUCUCCAGCCGCGUUUCGCAAAGCUCGGCACCGUGCGGCGCGGCGGGCACGGGGACGGCAUUGGGCUGCGCCGGCGCGUCCUGACACUCAUGGACAAGUGCGUGGCGGAAGAGGCGGCGGCGCAGUGGUGGCGGCGUUGGCGUGCCGCGUCGCCGUACGUGCCGUUCCGCACAUGCAAGACGACGCAGCUGCUGCAGUCCGCGCUGGGUGCGCCGUGCAAGCUGCUGGUGCUGGCGUGCGUGCGCCCGUGCAGCGUGUCGGAGGUGGUGCUGCCGACGAGCAUGCAAGACCGCAAAGGCCCGCGCACGCGUGCGGCGGCGCAGUCGCUUUUUGCUCACCAAGCGCCGGUGAUGCUCUCCGAGGUGCACGCCACGCUGUCCUUCGCCGAGCGCAUCAGCAGCGCGUCGCGGGGCUGCGGCUAG